AUCACCGACGAGGCUGUGGCUCGACGUGAACGAGUGCCUGCAGAUGGCUGCCGCCACAGUGGACACCGUGCUGGACAAGCUGUCCCGAUGCCACGUGGUCAUCUUCGUGUUCGCCUUUAUCCGAGGCCUUCCUGUCACGUGGAACCUGAUGAUGUCAGUGUUCGUGGCACCGUCAGCAGUCGAGUUCCGCUGUGCCGACGCAGUCAACGAGACUAUGGCGUCAUACAGCGGCGGCGGCGGCCACCAAAUAUGGACGAACAGCACGGGGCAAUGUUUCAGCUUAGCUGGAACCAAUGACAGCGAACCGUGCGAAUCCUGGGUCUACGACCGCAGUGUAUAUGGCAAAACGGUCACUGAAGAGUGGAACAUGGUAUGCAGCAACAGGUGGAUGGUCUCUUCUUCCCAGAGCAUCUACCUCGCUGGCAUGGUCGUCGGAACAGUCGCUGCAUCACACAUUUCGGACUGGUUCACAAUAUUCUGUGCGCACGUAAUGCUAAACAUGCUCGUCCAAGCAGUGCUUAUUAGCAUCCUUCUGGAAGCUGGAAAGGCCUUCGCCAGCGACUAUCCAUACACAAUUGUCCGAAACUCAGGAAAUGGAAGUUAUUGCUAUUACAAUAACCAAACUUUUAAGUCACAAGUGCAGCGCAAUGGUACAUGCGAGCUGUUAACCUGUGGACUUGAUAAAACAGAAGUGACUGUUUUAAGGUGCUCGGAUCUUGGUCCGGGCUGCACACGACUGCACAACAACAAAACGGAAUUUCCUACCUGCUGCGAACAGAGAUGCUACGCUACAAGUGCCUGCGAACUCCCCAAUGGUAACUACCUGAAACAUGGAGAAUCUUUCAACAAUACUGUGCCAUGCGUGCAGUAUUACUGCAAUAAUGGGAACUUAACUAUACAGCAACAGUAA